UCAGGGCAGGGAGGGGGAGCUGUGGAAUGGCGGACGGCCGGGCUGGCCCGCCCUGGUGGUAGCGAACCCGGGAGCCCGGAGGGGACAGCCGCCCGGAGGGAACAGUGCCUGAAGCAGGUCCACCAUGCCGUUAGUAACGAGGAACAUUGAGCCAAGGCACCUGUGCCGUCAGACGUUGCCUAGCGUUCCAAGCGAGCUGGAAUGCAUGACCAACAUCACCCUGGCAAAUGUCAUUCGACAGCUGGGCAGCCUGAGUAAAUUUGCAGAAGACAUAUUUGGAGAGUUGUUUACUCAAACCAACACCUUUGCCUCUCGGAUGAGCGUUCUAGUCAAGAGAGUUGACCGCCUGCAAGUCAAAGUCACUCAGCUGGAUCCCAAAGAGGAAGAAGUCUCCCUGCAAGGCAUUAACACCAGGAAGGCCUUCAAAAGCUCCACUACUCAGGACCAGAAGCUCUUUGACAGAGAUUCUCUCCCAGUUCCUGUCCUUGAAACCUAUAGGACCUGCAAUACUCCUCCACCUCUCAACAUCCUCUCACCUUACAGGGAUGAUGGCAAAGAGGCACUUAAAUUCUACACAGAUCCUUCAUACUUCUUUGACCUUUGGAAAGAGAAAAUGCUUCAGGACACCAAGGAUAUUAUGAAAGAGAAGCGGAAACACAGGAAAGAGAAGAAGGAGAAUCCAAACCGAGGAAAUGUGAAUCCACGGAAAAUCAAAACCAGGAAAGAAGAGUGGGAGAAGCUGAAAAUGGGACAGGAGUUUGUGGAGUCAAAGGAUAAGCACGGUCCUGCUGGCUACCCCUCCAACACGGUGUAUCAGAACGGCAGCAUCGGCUCCAACGACAGCCUGGAGGUGAACUGCUACCCGCCACCACCACAGACUGACUCUAUUGUGCCACCACCUCCCUCGUUCCCAGAUGACAGCCUGCCUCCACCCCCGGUGGAAUUUAGCUAUCCUGUAGACAACCAAAGAGGUUCUGGUUCUGGAGGGACCAAAAGAUCCAGCCUGGUUAGCCCGAGUCACCCUCCACCGGCUCCUCCGAUCGGAUCCCCCUCAGCAGCCAGACCGGGCUUCGCUCCCCCUCCAGCACCACCUCCCCCACCACCACCAAUAGGAAACACCCCCCCUCCACCUCCUCCCAUGGGCUUCCCAUCUCCGGGAACCCCCCCACCCCCUUCACCCCCUUCCUUCCCUCCUCACCCCGACUUUGCUGCCCCCCCGCCUCCUCCUCCCCCUCCAGCAGUGGAAUAUGCCAGCAUGCUGCCCCCUCUGCUGCCGCAGCCGGGCAGCGGGAAUGCACCACCCCCCCCUCCACCCCCACCUCCCCCUGGCCCACCACCUCUGUCCUCUGGUGGUCUGGAUGGUCCCCCACCUCCUCCUCCCCCCUCAGACACCUCUGCCUCCAAGCCCAAGUCAUCCCUGCCUGCGGUUAGCGAUGCCAGGAGUGAUCUGCUUUCGGCUAUUCGUCAAGGCUUCCAGCUCCGCAAGGUGGAGGAGCAGCGGGAGCAGGAGAAGCGGGACGUGGUGGGCAACGACGUGGCCACCAUCUUGUCGCGCCGCAUCGCGGUGGAGUACAGCGACUCCGAGGACGACUCCUCGGAAUUCGACGAGGACGAAUGGUCGGAUUAACCACGACCCCACCCCCCUUUUCCCUCUUCCCCCUUCUCUCCCGAGGUUCACAUCACCUUUCAAGAAUCGGGGUGGCCGAACCUUCCACCACUUCCUUUGUUCACCCCGUCUGCCGAGGGUUUGCAGACAACCGGCAGCGCGUCUCCCCUCUCCUUUCCCCCUCUGGCUUUGGCAGGACUUGGUGCUCUGCCUUUCCAAAAGGUCUCCUCGUGGACACUGAGGAUGUGGUGGUGGGAUGUAGUUGGAGGAGGUGUAACGGUUGCUUAUUUAAGAGAGCUAAACCUCCAGGUCCUUGAUGCCACCAGGCAGAGCACAGAGGAACCUUCCAUCCUGGAGGGAUUUGUUUUUUUAAAGUAAAGAUGGAUGAUCCUGUUGUGGCCUUGUGGCCUUUCAGAUGAAGGACAUUUUCAGCUAGUUUUCUCACUGCAACAGCAGACGGUUGAUCUGAUGGCUCUUCAGCAAAAACUGGUUGUGCUGCAAGAAAAUGGGCUCUAAAUGUCUGUUCUCUGCUGCAUCCCACUGUCAAAUAGGCAGUUUUUUGGCAACAGUGCACAAUUCUUUCCCCUCCUGACCCCCAGUAUUAUUAUUUCCAGACUACCCUGUGUGGGGUGUGCUUCCUGGCUCUAGGGGAGUGCAUUGGGUGCAAUGUGAGGAGGGCCUUUUUUUAAAUUAUUCUUCUAAAAAGUUGCCUUUACCUUCCUCAAAUCUCCUGCUUUGCCAAAGGGGACUCACACCAAGAGGUGCAAGAGUCGGGGCAAAACGGUUGCUUGGCUUUCCUGCUGCUUUGGGGAGAGCAGAACCACCACUGAGACACAGCUGUGUGGUCAGCUCUGAGCUGUGGUGAAGCUCUGCUGAUUUCUCCCAAAUCCUGCUGAGAGUGUGUUUUAAAAAAGAAAAUAGGAAAAAAAAAAAACCCAGAAGUGGGGAGAUGGGGUGGAGAUGGGUCCUCUGAACACUUUGGUGCGUGUUGGCCUCUGGAGGGCAAUGCUGCAAGUAGUUUGGAGAGGUGCUUUUUCUUAGCAAAGUGACCAUAAUUUUUACACAGAGUAGCAAAAAAAAAAAAAAAAAUGCUGGUGUGACCUUUGCUUCCUCCUCCCUUCCACAGAAGGAGGGGAAUUUGGGUGCCUAAAAAACAUCUAGUGUGUGAACCCAUCAGUUACAUCAGACCUGACCUACGUCGUUUCUCAUAAUGGUUAUUACAAUUCAUUAGUUGAUUUUAAGAGAACGUUUCUUCUCACUAGCCCUGUGAAUUCCCAGGCUGCUCACUACAGACACAGCACUGGCAGGGGGAGAAAAUGGUGAACUUGAACUAGCUGACCUAGGUUUUAUUGCUAUUUUAUAUUACUUUACAUAGAAUAUAAGCAUAUCUUGGAAAUCUGGAAACAACCCCGAUGCUACAGAUGUGUGUUUUAAUUUGGGCAUGACUCUCUCAGGGUCAUGCAAGAAAGCCAUUCCAAAGCCUUUUGGAGAUCGUGGGUCCAGCUGCACGUCCUGUGAAGACCAAACUCUCCCAACCUCUUUGCCUUCCCUGUUGUAAAGUAUUUUGCCAGCCUGUGCCUGUUCACUCUUCUCUGGCUCGCCUCAUUUAAUGAUGCUGCUGAUACCUGGAACGCCAGGCCCAGCCCGAGGCUGCCAGGUUGCUGAAAAUCCUUCUUGGGGUUUGAUUGAUGGCUUCAGUUUGUGCCAUUGGAGUUCUUCCUGAUUCCUUGUGUGUGUGUGUGCAUUUUUAAUCUCUGUCAGAGCAGAUAAGGGCCUGGAGGAUGAGCUUUUCUGGGGUGCAAAUCAAGCCGAGAUCCAGCACAACCCCUGAGCACAAUCAGGAGAGGUUUCCUGGCCCUGCUACACCAUCAGCUUUUUGUCUGCAGCUCAGCUGCUAGGCAGGAUGCAGAAGGGUGGUGAGACAUCCCGAUGGGCUGGGAACAUCUGAGCAGCACCAGGUUCAGGUUCUGGAAGAGGGAGCAAACCCCUCAGGUGCCAGCCAGCCAGCCCGCAGCAGAGGGACUUGGAAAUGCAAACUGAUUCUUGCUGCAAGCUGGGGAAGGGGGGGGGUUUAGAGGAGAAUCACUGCCUCUUGUUUUUCUGCUCUGUCUGCAAGCAUCCUCCUCUGGCUCCUCUUGGAGACAGGUUCCUGGGAAGAGCGACCUUCAAGCUAACCUGGCCUGACAGCCUUAUCACACAGGGACUGGAGGAGCUCGCAGAUGCCAAACCUGGGAUAGUUUUAAAUUGCCUUAACUAGCCUCAGCCCCCAGUGGGGAAGGGGAAGGAGUAUUCCUUGUCGUGUGAAAUAGAAGUGCCAUAUUCUUGGUGACCCUCUGGCAGGCAGGGCCAUGCCUGGGGGACAGGCUGCCCCACGUGUGGGUGAUCUGGGUGGAGUCUGAGCGCCUCGUCUGCGUGCAGGGACCUUCCCUGGCAGCAGGAGGGACACUGCUUUGUCCCUGCAAGCCUGCUGGAACCACCCUCUGCCUUCAAACUGGCAUCCUGAGAAUCAAAACUGCUGGAUCUUAAAACGGAAGGGUUGGGGACAGGUAGGGAAAGGUCAGUUUGUUGUGGGUUUUUUUUGCUUUUCAAAAAAAUCUCCUUUUGUUGCAAAAAAACCCAACAAACAGGCAAGUGGGGUGAGCCUGGUGUGGAGAUCCCUGAGAAACAACUGGUGCAGAGUGGCUGCCUUUGAGGAUCGUUGCAAAAUCACAGAGCCCUGGGCCACCAAGUAAGCUGAAAUAUUUCUUAAACCAGUAGGGGAGGAGGAGAGGUGCCAAAAACAACCUUAGGAAGACAGAGCAGCUGUGCUGAAACUGGUGUGGGCCGAGAGCCUGCGCUGGGCUCCCCUGCCACCUUGGUCAUUUCACGUUGCUUUACUCCUUCCUCCCCUGUUCCCACAGCAGGUGAACCUCAAAACCAUUUCACAAAGCCAAAAAUCAAGAGCUGGCUGCUGGGAUCCUCUCCCUUUUUUCCCAUUCCAGCCCGACCCGUAUCCGUAGGGAGACGCAGAGCCAGAGCAGCCAUUUCGCUCGGCCUGGGAAGCUGUUUGCUCGGGUUGUGCAAGUUUGGACAGGCUGCUGCUGCCUUCCCCUUCCCAGCACCGUGCUCCUGGUUAAAUAUUCUCCCUGUGUCCUCACCCGCAGUGCUUGGCUGCUGCUCCCAGCAGCCUCUCCCCCCUCCACCCCCCUUCCCGUGCUCCCAGGGAAAGCCUGGUCCCGGCUCCUCAGGCUCAGCCUGGAUCCUCAUCCGCAGUCGGUGACCUUCACUGCUUUCUCCUCUCCUUAUCAGACCCAGAGCACCAGACCAGAUCGAGGGAAGGGGCUCCUGAAGGUCCCAGAUGGCCAAGAAAACUGUGUGGAAUGUCGUUUCAGGGAAAGGAUAUAGCUAGAUAGAUAUAUAUAUAAUGUUGGUUUGUUGUUUUUGUGGUUUGUUGUUUUUUUUUCAGUCCAUGAACUUAUUUAACGUGCCUCUUUGGAAAGGACCUGCCCUUGAUGGGCUCCUUGGCUGGCAGGGCCUCACGUGGGGCAGAUGCAGCUGCCCCAGGUCAGGUUUCAUGGUUGUUGGAUUUUGAGGGGGGUGGGGGCUGUUGUGCUUUCCUCCUUUUUAAACAAAGCCUUGAAGUGGGAAAUGGAUCCGAUGGUUUUUAUUACUGUAUUAACAUUCAUUUUAAUUCAUUUCAGAAACUAACCCAUUUUUCUUCCUGAUUAGAAAAUGUCAUAGAAUUAGACGAGCUGUAACCCUCCCAAAGUGCCUUAUUUUCCUACAUGAUAUAAAUAUAUUUAUAAGAGUAAUUAUUCCACUUGUAUCUUAGGGGUUUAUUGCUGAGCAGAAAAUAGGGUGGGAGGAGAAGUGGGAAGUGCCCUCAGAGGACCCAGCCAGGCCGGGGGGGUCAGAAGGGCAAUGUUUGAUGGAUACUCUCAGGGUGCAGGGGUUUACUCCCUUCAGACCAAAGGAGUUUCAGCACUGAAACUCCACUUUAGAGAAGAGAUAAUUUAAAAAGAAAAACAAAACAAACACCUCAUGAGCAAGAUACUGUCGAUUGGUUUCCUUCCCCCUGCAAAAUAAAAGCAGACUCGUUGCCUUCUCCUUUCCCCUGUCAUGUCUGUGCUGUUCCCUGUCAGUUGCUGUGUAAGCCAGGCUUUCCUGCUGCUUUUUUUUUUUUUUUUUAAUAUAAUCAGCUCAGUAACCCCUGGAUGAAGAUCCCAAUUGGAAAAACUUUUGUGUGUAAUGUAGAUGUAAAAAAAAAAAAUAUAUAUAUAAAUUUUUUGAUCCUUUUUUUUUAAAUUGUAAACUUGAUAAAACCUUUCUAUCCAGUG